CGGUAGUCAGGUGACUGUCUGCAGACAGAACAUGGCUGACCUGUCAGAAGACCAAAUUUAGCAUAAUCGAUCUUAUUUUUACGUCGUUUCUGACCACAGUUGGCCGUCGUGGAAAGCAAUUGACCACAGGAAUUCAAGAUGAGCGGGUUGCCGGAGGGAAUAGCGAACGGCCCAAGCAGGAGUGAACACUUAGAAAAUGAUGCUCAGAGUUGGGAGAGACCCUGGACUCUUGAAGAGAUGCGGCAGAGCAGUGCCAACUGGUCCUUGGCUGCCGACUCGGGGCUCUUCUUGUUCCUGCAAGAGUUUUCCCAGAGAAUGCUGUCGAAGACGCAUGAUAUUGAAAAGCAGUUGGACAGUCUGAUCCGUGACACCAAGAACACAGACAGCUGCUUGCACUCUGUCUUUAACGACUUUCUCAUGCUUUCAAAUACACAGUUUAUAGAAAAUAGAGUGUAUGACGAAGAAGUAGAAGAGACAAUACCCAAGGUGGAUGCUUUGGAGACGCAACCUGAGCAGGAGAAGACACGAGAACAGAAAGAGGCAGAGCUGAUACCUAAGAUGCAGGAAGCUGUAAACCAUGGCCUAAAAGUGCUUGAGUCAGCGUUUGAGCAUCUGGACAUCAAAGCAGGAAACUCAGAUUCAGAGGAUGAAGAGGUCACUGACAGACUGGAGGCCAUCCUCGAACCCAAGGAUCUUUAUGUGGACAGGCCGCUUCCAUAUCUUAUUGGUUCCCAGGCCUUCAUGGAACAAGAGGACGUUGGCCUUGGAGACUUGUCUAGUGAUGAAAUGUCGGUUGACAGUGACAGAGACAGUGUAAUCGACAGCGAUGAUGGCAAAGACGCAGUUCAUUCAGAUGACGAUUUUAAUCAGGAGGAGGAAGAACGUCACAAUAAUAUUACCAAGAAGCAAUCCAUGUUGAGUGAUGAUGAUGAUGAUGAUGAUGAUGACGAAGAGGAGGAGGAUGAGGAUUCUGAUAUAUUCGGAGAAUCAGACAGGGAGGAUAAUGAUGAGGACACUAAGAAUACGGCACCAUCGUCUUUUGCUGAUGAGCUAGCAGCCCGAAUCAAGGGUGAACCAGUUACGAAGCCAGAGGGAGAUCGAGCAUCAUUGACAUCUAAGAAGAAAAGUAAAAGCAGGAAAGAACCAAAGCCUGCAAAGCCCGAAGCAGCAGCUGAAGGGGACAGCGAUGACAUGUUUAAGCCACCAAAGAUGGAUGAUGAUGAUGAUUUCUCCCCGUUUGGAGGGAAAAGCGGCCUUUUCAGUGGAGGGAGAGGCCUGUUUGACGAUGAUGAUGAGGGUGACCUAUUCUCAGAUGUACCAAACCCUCCUGCGUCGGAAGAGAAAAAGGUGCUGAAUGAAAGCAUAAAAAGCCCAGCUCAAACUGCAGAAUCAGUGAAACCUGGAAAGAAGAUUCCUGCGGGUGGCAUUUCAAUAUUCCCAGAAGACACUCUUUUCAAGUCAGUAAAUAACUCUGAUGCAAUGGAGAGCAAGGAGAAUGGGACACAGGCUCGUAAGAUCAACGCUGCAUCCAAACAGACUCCACCAGCUAGUAUUGGUGGAGUAGCAGGUGGGCUGUUUGAUGACGAGGAGGAGGAUGAUGACUUCUUCAGUAGUAAAAGCCUGAUAAAGUCUGACUCUGCUGGAAAGAAGACGCCCAAAGUUGUUGACCUUUUUGAUGAAGACGACGAUGGUGGUGACAUAUUCAGUGAGAAGCACAGUGCACCAACCCCAGCUCAGAGCAAGAAGGAGGAAGUGGAAGAGCAGGUUAAACAACCUGAGAAAAAGAUGCCAGCCGGGGCAAUCUCUAUGUUUGGACCUGGGACUCAAAGCUUGCUCAGUGAGGGACUGAAAAAACGUCAGCUGUCUACCAGUGAGGAGUCUGAGAAAUCUGAGGAGAACGGGUUGGCUGCAGAUGCUGCAAAGGCUGCUGACAAGCCGACUCUGAAACCCAAGAGCAGGGGCCUCUUCUCUGAUGAUGAAGACAUCCAGGAAUCUCCAACUAUUCCAAGGAGCCAGUCUAAGCCUGAACCUACAAGCCAGAGCAAAACCAGUAAGGCCCCUCUGUCAUUAUUUGACGAUGAAGAAGAAGAGGAUCUGUUUGCAUCUGCAUCUAAGUCUAAAGCAAAGCCUAAUCCAUCCAAAGCCUCCACCCCGCAGCCCAGCAAGGCCCUGUCAAGCUCCCUCUUCAGUGAUGAUGAAGACCAGUGGGAGAGUUCUAAAAGUAGUGUGGGGAAGUCAGGGGUGAAGACAGGAGGGAUGAAGUCCAGUGUCAGCGCACCCUCCAGUUUCCCCAGUGCCAAAAUACCUCAGAAAGGCAGCGUCUUCGAUGAUGAUGACGAUGGCGACCUGUUUACUCCGACAACGGAUUCAAGUCAGAAAAAGUUUCAGAGAGUGGCUCUCUUGUUUGAAGAUGAGGAUGAUGGAGAAGAUAAAGGAUCCCUUUUUGGCAACAAAUCUCCUGUCAAUACACAAACUGCCACCCCAGCAACCAAAACACCUGCUGUGGUCACUCAGUCUUCCUCCCUGUUAGAGAAACCUGAGGAGGUUGUAGUUUCCAAAACGGCAGCACCGGACAAGCCUUCAGUAUCGGAGAAGCCAGCAGCAAAGAGCCCAGAGCCGCUCCCGUCAGCUCCCUCGCCAGAUAUCAGCGAAAGUAAAAAGAAGCCUGUGGGAGGAGUCAGCCUUUUUGGAGGCAUCAACGUUUUUGCCAACAAGCAGACGAGCCCGUUGGAUGAAAUUGAACAGGAUGACCCUCUCCUCCAAGAAGAUGGUCCACCACAAAAUGUCGAGAAGGAGGAGAAGAAGGAAGAGAAAUUGAAAAUAAACACGGUUAGUCUCUUUGAUGAUGAGGAGGAAGACGAAUCAGAUUGGAAUGAGCCGAUAUUCACACCCAGCAAACCCACAGCAAGCAGCACUGUAAAGCCUGCAGAGGAUCGACCACAGGCAAAGAGCACAGGUGUGUUCCUGGAUGAGGAGCUGCUGUUCAGUCAGACGCAGCAGAAGGACAAUGACCCAGAUGUUGACCUAUUUGCCACCUCAGGAAAACCUGCAAGCUCCAAGCCUGACUCAGUGAAGCCUGCAGCAACAGGCCUGUUUGCAGAUGAUGAUGAGGAGGACCUCUUCGGCUCUAUCAAGGCAAAGGACCCUCCCCCGAAAGUAGCAGAGAAGCCCAGUAAACCUAAUGACAGAGCACCACUAGCAAGUCCAGAAUCUGUAUCAGAGAUUCAGAAACCUGCACCAAACCCUGUAAAACCUAAAGCUUCCUCAUCAAGGAUUGGGAAACUUCAAGCCAAUCUGAUGAUCGACCCUGCUGCGUUGCUCCCUGGUGCGGUCCCCGGUAUGCCAGGGGCCUCAAGUGGCAUUGCUACUAGUUCCUCCUCUGGGGUGUCCAGCUCCAGCCUGAGCCCCAGCCCCGUCACAACUCCUGUUGGAGCCCAGCCAGACCGUGAGGGAGGGGUGAGCUUCGACACCCCAGUCCAGGUUGAAACACUACAGAGUGUACACAAGAGCCGUGCGAAAGGUUCUGCACAACGAAGACCCCAGUCCAGAGCAGGGAGGCAGCAAUCAGCCCAACGAUCUUCAGCGGAUAAAGAAGAGGCUUUGAGUGGAGAUGUUCCUGAUCAGAACCCCGGUGUGUCUGGUUUAGCCUUACCAUCACCAAAUAAGUCCAGCCAGAAGCAUGCCAGUCCAACACUACCUGACCCAGCGGCCCCCUCAGCUUUGCCUGCCCCCUCACCUUCUCCAUCCUCAGUCUCUGAAAUCUCCACCAGACCCUCGGUAUUGACACUGCCAGUAUCAACAAACGCUGGAAAAAAGGACUCCAGUAAAGACAGCAGCGGUACCAAGGGGCUGCCGUUUUCUGAAGACGAGGACCUUUUUGGCUCUGACAGUCUGUUUGGGGCCUCCUCAGUCACUAACACACCCUCUAUCAGACAAACUACUAAGACUACUGAGGCUAGUAGUAGUGCGGUUAAGAAAGACUCUCUCCCAUCUCUUUUUGAUGCCAACACUGAUGACCUUUUCCAAAAGGUCAAGCCGAGGUCAACCACUAAGAAAGCCAAGCCCUUUUUGGAAGAAGAUGACGAUGAUGAAGACAUCUUUGGAGUGAGCAACCGCUCCACUCCCACAUCCACAAGUAGUAAAGAAAUAAAGAACGGCAGUAGUCUUUCAAAGCAGGACAUCUUCCAGGAUGAAGUCGCCAUUGUGCCUGAAGUUCACAAGAAGCACAAAGCACAAAAGACCCUUGAUGCCAGCUUGUUUGACGACAACAUAGACAUUUUUGCUGACCUGACGGACAGUUUCAAACCAAAACAGAAGUCCAAGACAAAAGGAGAGACCAAGUCAAUAUUUGAUGAUGACAUGGAUGACAUCUUCUCCCCAAGCGCAGCAAAACCAGUCACAAAGCCUCCCCAUAAAUCAAAGAAAACGCCACCAUCUCAGGAGACCUCUACAGCAGCAGAUUCAAGCAACAUAUUUGAUGAUCCACUUAAUGCUCUUGGUGGGAACUGAACUGUUGUUACUGAGUUGCCAGAUUUGUACAUUUGUGGAUCCAUCAUUUUGUGAUUUGGAUCGCUGAAAGAUUGGAGAUCGGAUACACUGUUGAUAGAGUAUUUAUUCCUAUGAAUUCAUAUAAAUACUGGGGCUUAUUUUUGGCGGAUAAACAACUCAAAUGAAAAUUAUUCCAGUCAACUUCUGAUAUUACUAAUCAUCUCCGUAUCAGAUCAUAUUAUUAACGGUUAUUAUAUACUGUUAAUCUUUAUUAUACAUAAUAGCACUUUAUAAGCAUACUUUAUGCUUAGCCUCAAAGCCUGCAGAAAUUAAUAGUCAAUUGUUUUGUUUGUUUUGAAAAUGUUUAUUCUUUGGCUUUUUCACAUUGAGAUUCCAUGUCUUUGGGUUUGUGCCAUAUCAUGGUUAUAAGAAAUCAGUCUGUUUACUUACUCUCUUAGGCAUUUUGACAAUGUUUUUAUUAAUAAGAAAUUCAUUAAUUUCUUAACUUUGGCUGUGAUGAAAAUGGAAAUUCAUUUUUAAUAACUAAAAAGAAACAUAUUUUAUUCUA